AUAGAACCCAGGACCAGCAAUCCAGAGGUGGAACCACCCACAGUGAGAUGGGUUCUCCCCCACCAAUAACUAAUUAAGAAAAUGUCCUGCAUGCUUCCCUACAGCCCAGUGUUAGGGAGGCAUUUUCUCAACCAAGGUUCUCUCCUCUGUGAUGACUUUAUCUUGUGUCAUGUUGACAUAAAUCUAGCCAGCGCAGUGACUAAUCAGUCGAUCUUAAUAUAGAGAGUUUCUCCAGGUGGGUCUGCCUGAUGAAGCCAGCCUUUUACAAGCAGAAUUUUCUCUUGCUGCUAGCAAAGAACGAUGCCAGGAUGAUGAGAUGCCAAAAGGACUGGGUGAUUCUGCCCUGCCAUUAGUGCUUCAACUGGGGCAGACACUGCCACAUGGGAAGAGUCUGUAAGAGACUGAGAGAGGUUCUGACGAAGGCCACCAUGAAGAUGGGGGCUCCAGUGCUACAGAGGAAGUGCAGAAGUUUCUGGAAGCACAGCUGAAUGGCUUUGAAGUGACUUCCCUCUCCAGCCCAAACUUUAACCAGCUGAAAUGCCCUGCCUUUAGCAGGACCCUCUGAGCACUCAAGCCCAGAACAACCUAUCACCUUCAGAAAAGUAAAAUCAGGUGUGGGUGUUACUUUCAGCUACCAGUUUCAUGGUAACCCAUUUUAUAGCAAAUUAAAAACAAAAAACAAAAAACAAAAAACAAAAACGAAAACAAAACCCAUAUACCUCCCAGGUUUCUAACCCUUUAAUAAAAAAACUUCUGCUAUAGACGUACCAGGCUCUGCUAUUUAAUCCUCAUAGCAGUUACUUUUUAACUUAUCACUGCUUUACAGAUGAGAUGCAGAGCUAUUACAUAUUUCCCCUAAGGUCACAGGCAGUCAAAGCACCCCGUGUAACCCCAGCACCUGCACCAUGCCUCUGAUAAACUCAAAAGCAUGCACAUGGCAUUGCAGACCCUUCCUGGUCUGGUUUCUGUUAGUUCAUCCUUGUCAGAUUCUUCUGUCACUUAACCCCUUAUAGCCUGGUGACUGUCACACUGCCUUGAUUCUUUAGUUUGCACAUUGAUUCCUUCUGCCUGCCCUGUGCCAUCUCUUAGUCCUUUGGAAAGUUCCAAUGGUUCUUUUUUUGUCCUGCCCCAGAUGGUACCUCUGAUGGGAAGCCUUUGCGGACUCUCCCAGAUGGGGUCUGUGCUGCUGUGCAGAAUCCAGGCAUGCUCCCCCAAUACACAGAGACUUCCCUGCUCAGAACCCAGAUGACCCGGUGGUGGAAUGAGCUACGGUGAGCUCCUUGCAGGCCAGGAGACUUACUCAUCAUUACAUCCCUUGCAUUGGCCAUAGAGAACAGUGGGAACUCAGCAAAUGUUCCAAGAGGGAAUCAUUUCAUCAACAAAAGUACUUUACAAGAACUAGUGAGACACCCAGGGUCUUGCGGCAGGGGAAGGAGCUGUCAGACCUGUGCUUCCCAGGACCAGAACAAGCCUUGCACUGAGAGGAUUUAAGAAGCUCCGCAUUGUGGCUUUGGAUUUGUUUUCUGACACUUGUCUUAGCAUUUCCGGAGCGCAUCUAGAUGCAGAAAACAGCAGAAUCCCAGUCAAAAGAACUGCUAUACUUCCCCCUUUGAAAGCAGGACUGGUGAUCAAUUUAAGCCUGGCCCCAGACUCCCUCUGUAAGUUUUUUUUUUUUUUAAUCGAGAAGGUUAUGGGAAAUGGAGGUGAGGGUCUACAGUUCUGACCUAUGCAGAAUGGAGCACCGCCGUCAGAACACUGCACAUCUGCUCACGGACCCCACUGUAGUCGAGGAGGACUGGAAGACUUAGAGACAGCGCUCACAAACCUGAGCCGGUCAGGUAGUGGACCACAACGUCUCCACUAGAAACUGCUGGGUGCCUCAGUUUCCCCGCCUGCGCAAAGUGCGGUAUGCAGAGGGCGCUGCCCUGAAGAGGCAAGAUCACGGGCAUCUGGGAGCGCUGAAAAAGAAGUAAGUCGGGUUAAGAUGUUUCUAGCCAGCUUUCGACGAGAGGCAAGACAGAUCAGAGAGGGGCACAGAGCUGAUGCCAGGUGAGACGCGGGCUCCAGGCCUUGUGUCAAGGAGGUACCGGAGUCCUUUGCUCGGGGUGGAGGAAACUCAGAAUUGGACUCCCGACGCCAGCAACCGGAGCCAGGGGCAGAUCCGGCGGCGGGGCUGGGAGGGGCGAGUCUGGGUGCCGCGCCUGCGGUGCUCUCAGCCACAGUUCAGGGCGCUGGGGGCGGGAAGAGGUGGAGCCAGGUGGGGAGGAGCAAAACCCGGAGGCCUCUGGCACCGCGGGCAGAGCCAGAGUCGCUGGAACCCGAGCCACGGCACGCUGCUUCGGGAGAGCCCGCCGCCGUCCCAGCCGAAAGCAGCCGCUGCUGCCGAAGCCGCCGCCUGAUUUCAGUGCGCAGCGGGAGAGAAAGGCUAGUGACGCCGGAGACCGGGUCGCGGAUUCUCCUUCAGUUGGGAGCUGCCAGGUUACCCUCGCUGGCCCUGCCGCCCCAGUAAGCGCUUAGCCGGACCCUGUCCUUUGUGCGCGUCCCAGUCGCACCAUGGAUCCUUCGGAGAAGAAGAUAUCGGUGUGGAUCUGCCAAGAGGAAAAGCUGGUGUCCGGCCUCUCCCGCCGCACCACCUGCUCAGACGUGGUGCGCGUGCUUUUGGAGGACGGCUGCCGGCGGCGACGCAGGCAGCGGCGAGGCCAGCGCCGGGGGAAGGCGGAGGACCCCUCCAGUCCGUUGGAGCAGCCCGAGCCCCCGGACGAAAACGACGAGGAUGACGACGACGUGAUGCCCCAGGGCAUGCUAUGUGGGCCCCCGCACUGCUAUUGCAUCGUGGAAAAGUGGCGCGGCUUUGAGCGCAUCCUGCCCAACAAGACGCGAAUCUUGCGCCUCUGGACCGCCUGGGGCGACGAGCAGGAGAACGUGCGCUUCGUGCUGGUGCGCAGUGAGGCAUCGCUGCCCAACGCCGGGCCACGCAGCGCUGAGGCGCGGGUAGUACUCAGCCGCGAGCGCCCCUGCCUGGCCCGGGGAGCCCCGGCGCGGCCCAGCUUGGCCAUGACCCAGGAGAAGCAGCGGCGGGUGGUGCGCAAGGCCUUCCGCAAACUGGCUAAGCUCAACCGGAGGCGCCAGCAGCAGCCGCCGUCGCCUUGUUCGUCCACGUCGUCGUCCACCGCCUCGUCCUGUUCGUCGCCGCCUAGGACCCAGGAGAGCGCGUCGGUGGAGCGCAUGGAGACGCUGGUGCAUCUGGUGUUGUCGCAGGAUCACACUAUCCGCCAACAGGUGCAGCGGCUCCGGGAGCUGGACCGUGAGAUCGACCGCUACGAGGCCAAGGUGCACCUGGACCGCAUGCGGCGGCACGGAGUCAACUACGUUCAGGAUACUUACCUGGUAGGGGCUGGCAUCGAUCUCGACGGGCCGGCUCCUGGAGAGGAACCCGAGGAGGCGACGCUGGCGGAGAAGGGGACGGAGGCAGUGGCAUCCCUGGACAGUGAGGCUCAGGCGGCCGCGCUCGAGGAGCUGGCCCAGCGCUGCGACGACCUGGUGCGGCUGCAAGAGGAGCGCGCCCAACAGGAGGAGUUGCUGGAGCGCCUGUCCACCGAGAUCCAGGAGGAGCUGAACCAGCGGUGGAUGAGGCGGCGCAAUGAGGAACUGGCGGCUCGAGAGGAGCCCCCGGAGCCCGAUGGCGGUCCGGAUGGCGAGCUGUCGCUGGAGCAGGAGCGGGUCAGGACGCAGCUCAGCACUAGCCUUUACAUCGGGCUGAGGCUCAGCACGGACCUGGAGGCGGUCAAGGCUGACUUGGAUUACAGCCAGCAGCAGAGGGACAUUAAGGAGCGCGAGCUGCAGGGCCUUCUUCAGACUUUGCGUACUUUGGAGCAGACUGUGGUGAAUGAUGGGGCUCUGGGUUCUGGCGGACCUUCGCGGGAACCCCAGCCUCAGACCUGUGCAGAAAUGUGGGUAGACCAGGCCCGGGGAAUGGCUAAGAGCUGUCCCGGCAACGAUGAGGACUCGGAUACUGGGCUGAGCUCCAUGCACAGCCAAGAUUCGGACUCGGUACCCCCUGUGUGCGAAUCCCUUGUGUAGGAGUAGUAGGGAGUGAGCCUAGCCGCUUGCAGCAUGCACAGGCCUGGCCUGCUCAGGGACAUGAAGUGAGGCCGAGGGGGUGAGCUCAGAGUUCCCGCGGAUGGGUCUGAAGAGUGGGGAGGACACCUGCCAGGCAGCAUGCUCCUCUGACUCAGGAGGAGUGUGUAGGAGGGCCCUGGGCAAGGAAGCCCUUAACUUCUUAAGCUUCAGAGGGAAAAAAAGAGGUGAGAACCCUUCCCUGAUUUUAAAUCGACAAGGUCCCCCCAUUUUCAAAACAAGAAAAGAGAAAACCAUUGUGGACGUUUUAAGCACUCCUUGGCCUGGGAAGGACUGCCGACAGCUAGAACUAUGGUCUGUGGCCUAAAGUGCUGGUGAAAGAAAACUCUUGGGUGAGAAGGAAAUUCCUUGAAUGUUAAUUGUGACUGGAAGCGUGUUAAAACUAGCCAAAGAGGACGCACUAGUGUUGGUCUCUGCCUUGCUUAACAUCUUUGAUAAAACCCAUAGGCACCAAAACCCUGGCUGUUUACAUUUCUUCAGGUUUGGGGAUUACCCAUCUGCUAAAUCAUUUGCCUUUUCUUUCUGGCAAAGACCAAACCGCACGGAAAUCUAAUGCUGUGUUUCUCCCUACUAGACACAAGGUGUUAAAAGCCCACCCCCACCCCCAGCCCCCUCAGCUCCACCCCAAACAUAGCCAUUUUGAAUUAUAGAAUCCUGGCACACAUUAUCCAGGGUAAAAAAAAGUACUCUGGCUGUUUGUGUUUCUGCAAAGACAACCACGCUGGCUCUUAGUUCAUGAGGCCUAUCCACUGACUCAAUCACAGGGAAAAGGGAAGUUGCAGGAUGAGGCGCAGCCCACUUGGCUGUUUUAGCGAACAUUCUAGUGUCAACUAUAACCUGACGGUAAAGAGCUUUGCACGGUGUUUAGUCCAGCUCUAUGAUUAGAGUCAGCUAUGCCUUCAUGAAUUUUACCCAGAUCCAACUUCAGUAACUUCGGUUGGAGAGCAGGUUCUGGUUCAAGCAAACUGCAAGUGUCAGUACACUUCAAGUGCAAACACCACAUCAGGGUUUGAGGCAAAUGGCCUGCAAAGGAGGGGGUGGGGUGGGGAGAGAGCAAUCUGAUAGGCCACUGGGGGUAAACAAAUAGGUUCACCAUAGCAGGGAGCCAUGGUAAAGGCACAGGAAAGUGAGCUAUGAACUUGAGUUGCUCCUGCCUGGCCAGUCCCUCUGCCUGUGGCAGGCGAGAGAGAAGGGUGACAUUGUGUGCUGUAGCUGGCAGUGCUGUGGGGUGCUAGGUGUAAUUGUUCCGGGUGUUUCUAUUGAAAGUUAUCAGCCGAAGUGAGCCCUCCGGCCUGUGGAAGGAGCCUGCUGGUCCGCUUCCCUGUGGAGCCCAGGACCUUCUGAGGAAUAUGGGUUUAACGUGUCUGGAGGAGGUUAACAAUGGUGUGUGUGUGUGUGUGUGUGUGUGUGUGUGUGUGUGUGUGCUGCCAGCGAGGUACAACUGAACUAGCGAGGGCCUGGCUCCCACUUCCACAACAACAGGCAAAGAUAAGUUCAGAGGCCUUGGGAUUGUGUCGCUGUCUCUUCUCUUGAGAGCUCAGCUGUCUGAGUGUCCCCAGCAGGAGCAUGUCUUCCUGAACUCCACAAGUCACCGCUGGGGCAUUUCCUUUUCACAGUGUCCCAACAGGGAUGCUGCUGUGCCAUUAUAACACAUGUGACUCUUCUCGGAUUUCCAAGUAAAAUCAAAAUGAAAAGGCGCUUUUCCUAAUGGAUACUCUUUGAAGGACUUUAUCUGGUAUAAUUAUGUUGCUGGUGUUGUUGUCCUUGUUUACAUUCGUCUGAUGCAGAAAACAUCCCCACACUUGUUCCUGCGGCCUCAUUUCAGAUGAGGAAGGGGCCCAAAGAAACUCCCUGUCCUCAGACAGUCGGUUGAUUCCGUGAACACAAAGCGCAAUGACAGCCUUCCUUUUGAGGCAGAGGUAAAACCCUCAUGAGAGCGUGACAGAUGCCACCUGUCCGAAUGGUUUAUGCUGGCAGCAGUGGGCUGACCUGGUGGUUUUUAAAUUAUUGUGUGUUUUUUUUCUCCCCCCUAGGGUUGUAGGGGAGGUGGCUCUUGGACGUUUAUUAACUCAGAACCUAGAAGUUGGCAGAGCGUGACUGCCUGGCAGAAAGGAGCUGUUUUUCUUCUGACUAUUAUUAUUUUAAACUUUGAUGGGUAGCUGACGUCAGCAAAUAUGCCUGAAAUCUACAAAGCAAACAUGCCACAUCACAGGAGGAAGGCCGGAGGGGUUUUGAGAACAGUCCCUGUCCUAACCACCUGAAGAUGUUUCCCUACUUAAAACUCCACGGGCUCGGGGGUGGGGGGUGGGCGCUUUGCUUACAGGAGAGUGCAGAGGCCAGUCCAGUCUGCUCUCUCUGCAUUCUCUCCAGCCAAUGCUAUCCCUUAAGCGGUACUCCGUGUGAACAGGAGAAAGGAGAAUUGGGGUGGAAGGAGGCAGGAGCUUCUUCCGUGAGAAGUCCUUGUCACAGCGGUGCGUGUGGGCUCCAAGGCUCAGUGAUGCUGAGUGUUCCAUUUCCUGCAUCUCACGACACCAGGGAUGAGAGAGCAUUGCAGCCACUGUCUGCUGGAGAGGGACUCCGGCUCUCUGGCUGCUUUCAGGCUCCCUAGAAAUCCAGUGAACUUGUGAGGGGAUCGCCAUAAGACUGCUCCCCAGGUCAUUCUUCUGGAACUAGGAGAUCCACCGUGUGUGGAUCCUGUGCAUCCCAUUGACAGCAUGCUUCCAAACCCAGAUCGCAUAUGGUAUCGUGGGUUUGUUUACCUCCUUAUCUAAAAUGUGGUUAUUAGGCCCAGGAGACGACGGCUUAGUGGGUAAAAGAUGCUUGAUCCCCAGGGUCCGCAUUUGGAAGGAGAAGACUGAAUCCUGCCACAGGUGUGCCUUGUCAUGAGCCUGUGGCUACACACACACACACACACACACACACACACACACACACACGAUAAAUAAAUGUAAAAAGAUGGUUAUUGCUUCUUCCUCUUUCUUCUUCUUCUUC